GCAAAACAAGACAUCUGUCUACUUUGUCUGUCUGUCUGUUGUCAUCGGCGAAAUUAUCAAACUCGAAAAUGGAUUUUCCAUCUCUGAAACCUCAGCAUCAUGCCCUUGAAAAAGUGCAGAUUCCUGAAAGUGGAGAAUAUGGUACAUGUAACACAAUGACAAAUGGAUUUGUCUCAGUUAGAAGUCAGAUGUGUGUCCCUCAUCCUUUAGAGCACUCAGAAAAAAAUUUUAAAGCAAAUGCUGAGAAAAUGUGCUUGGCAUUUCUUGCUUCUGUUCAAGGAGUUGCAGCCCCUUUAAAAAUCAUGCAUGAAAAAAAUGCUGUAAAAAAGAUACAACGUUUGCCCUUUUUGCCAAGCUCAAGUAUUGCUUUAGAAACAUUAGAAGGGCGAGAUGAGACAAUUGAUUUUGAUGAUUAUGUAUUUAAUGAUCCUGUGGAAGGUAUCGAAUCGCUUGCACCGCCACAUAUGGUUAUGGAAAAAUUUCUCUUCGGACCUAAUGUGUAAAAAGAUAAUUUAUUGUUUAAAAUAUCAUUCAUGUAUUUUGUGAAUAAAAUUUUUAAAAAGCUAA